AUGAAUUCAUUCACGUUAUCUGGUACACCACCUAUUGAUAAUCAACAUUUCAUUGAAGGUGAAUUUCAAUAUGAACGUUUUAAGGACUUUAUUGAUUCAUUCGAUUGUAAUUCAUUUGGUGAACUUGAAACUUGGUAUGAAGAAAUAGACAAAUCAUCUCUUAUCAAUGUACAUGUGAUUCAACCAAUAUGUCCUAUCGGUCAAAUAUCACCACCGCCAUUCCUUCUUGCUGCUUACGGUACCAACAGUAAAUAUACAGCUAAAGAUGUUCUCGAUCGAUGGUCAAGUAUUUUUGAUUCAUGUAUGAAUCAAAAUAUUCAAAUUUUAGGCUUCUCAGCAGAUUGUGAUCCAAAACAAAUGAAAGCAAUGCGAGACUCCAUAGGAUUUGAAGAACAUUCUAAUCGUUUCGAAAUUUCUUUACUUAAAGUGAGUGAACAAGUAUAA